AUGUUCUUCCGCGCCUCCCCCUUGACUGUCCUGAGCAGAAGCUGCCGCUACCUUCUCCGCCCACUCCCAUCCCAGCGGGCAUCGUUCUCCCUCACCGCGCGCUCGUCCGCCGCCAUCGACGCCGCCAUGGCCGACACCUCGGGCAUCACGGCCGACUCGCUGCGCGCCAAGCUGAUUGACCAGCUGCAGGCGCAGCAUGUCGAGAUUGAGGAUUUGUCGGGUGGCUGCGGUCAAGCUUUCCAGGCUGUGAUUGUCUCCCCCCAGUUCGAGAGCAAGACUAUGCUCGCGCGACACCGGCUUGUCAACUCCGUGCUCAAGGCUGAAAUUGCUGCUAUCCAUGCCUGGACGCCCAAGUGCUACACCCCCGAGCAGUGGCAGGGGCUGCAGCAUUAA